AUGGAACGCCCGCUGUGGAUGCUGUGCCCGCUGCUGCUGCUGGCGUUGGGUACGCAGGCCCCCACGGCCUCGGCUUGGGGCGGUCCGCCGCUGUGGCCCUUGCCAGUGUCAGUGCAGGUGUCCCUGAGCGCGCUACACCUCGACCCCGGGAACUUCUACAUUCGCCACGGCCCCAACUCCACAGCGGGCCCCUCCUGCUCCCUGCUGCAGGAGGCCUUUCGGCGAUAUUAUGAAUAUAUUUUUGGUUUCCACAAGUGGCACCAUCACCCUGCUAAAUUUCAGGAUGGAACACAAUUACAGCAACUUCUGGUUUCUGUUGUCCUUGAGUCGGAGUGUGAUGCCUUCCCCAGCCUGGAUUCUGAUGAGUCUUAUUCCUUAAUUGUGAAAGAACCACUGGCUUUGCUGAAGGCCAACAAAGUUUGGGGAGCAUUACGAGGUUUAGAGACCUUUAGCCAGUUAGUUUAUCAAGAUUCUUAUGGGACUUUCACCAUCAAUGAGUCCACCAUCACUGACUACCCAAGGUUUCCUCAUAGAGGAAUUUUGAUUGAUACAUCCAGGCAUUACCUGCCAGUAAAGACUAUUUUAAGAACUCUGGAUGCCAUGGCUUUUAAUAAGUUUAAUGUUCUCCACUGGCACAUAGUUGACGAUCAGUCUUUCCCUUAUCAGAGCGUCACUUUCCCUCAGUUAAGCGAUAAAGGAAGCUAUUCUUUUUCUCAUGUCUAUACACCGAAUGACGUACGUAUGGUGAUUGAAUAUGCCCGAAUGCGAGGGAUUCGAGUCAUACCAGAAUUUGAUACUCCUGGACAUACACAGUCUUGGGGCAAAGGUCAGAAAGACCUCCUGACUCCAUGUCACAAGGACCCGACCCAGCAAAAUAGUUUUGGGCCUAUAAACCCUGUUCUGAAUACAACUUACAGCUUCCUUACUAAAUUUUUCAAAGAAAUCAGUAAGGUGUUUCCAGAUAAAUACGUUCAUCUGGGAGGAGAUGAAGUGGAAUAUUGGUGUUGGGCAUCAAACCCAGACAUCGAAAAGUUCAUGAAGGAAAAAGGGUUUGGCAGAGAUUUUAAACAGCUAGAAUGUUUUUAUACCCACAAGCUUUUGGAUAUUAUUGCAAGCACAAAUAAGAGCUCUAUUGUUUGGCAAGAGGUUUUUGAUAUUGGAGCUAAGCUUCAACCAGGCACAGUAGUUCAAGUGUGGAAAGAAGAUAUGUACAAUAAAGAAGUAAGUCAAAUCACAGAUGCUGGCUUCCCUGUAAUCCUUUCUGCUCCUUGGUACUUAGAUGUGAUUAGUUAUGGACAAGACUGGAGAACAUACUAUCAAGUGGAACCUCUUAACUUUCCUGCUUCUCAGCAACAGAAAAACCUGCUAAUUGGUGGAGAAGCUUGCCUAUGGGGAGAGUAUGUGGAUGCAACCAACCUUACUCCAAGAUUAUGGCCUCGGGCAAGUGCUGUUGGUGAAAGACUCUGGAGUCAAAAAAAUGUCAGAAGUAUGAGUGGGGCCUAUGACAGACUAACAAGGCACCGCUGCAGAAUGGUCAGACGUGGAAUAGCUGCAGAACCUCUUUUUACUGGAUAUUGUGAGAAUGAGAACAAAAUAUAACAAUGGGCGGAAAAGGCCUGAGCAAUCUGUACCACAAUCAACUGAUUUGGAAAUCAUGUGAAUCAAAAUUUGCUACAUUGUUUUUUGAAUAAAGUAUAUCUUUUUAUUGAUUAUAAUAUAAAAUAAGACACAGGUUCACAUAAAA